AUGCCGCGUCGAAAGACAGCAGACGGCGCGCAGGCGGCUCCGAAGGCGCCUCGCGUGCGCAAGAAGAAGGUGAAUCCGGAGGAGAACAAGCCGCCGGACAACUACGAGCCGCUGAUGCAGACCAACGGCUACGGGAUGGACGACGGCGGCGGCAUGUACACCCAGGACUACGGCUACGCGUUCGGCCAGCAGCCGCCGUUCGCCAGUCCCGAGCCCAACGGCAGUCCCUAUCUUCUCCCGCCGCAAAGCAAUACGCCACAGCCGCAGAUGAUGUUAGAGCUUCUCUUAUCUUUUGGGCUGCUGAUUUAGGGUUUGGUUGAUUUGUGUGUGGGCAUUCCAACCUAGACCAAGAAACAUUUUUCCAGCAAAUUUGAUAUCAAAAUCAUUACAAAUCUAAUUAGAACCUUGAAACUUGUUUGCAUUCGAAAUUUGUUGUUUUCAGAAGCUCACAAGUUCUAUGUAAAAAACGGCAUAGAAUCUUAGUUUUUUGAGGUCUUUUGAAACUUUUUAAACAAAAACGAGACUUUUUUCUACGAAAAAACUAUUUCAUACAAGAAGCAAAACAAAUUUUUUUUCCAACAAAUUUGAAAAAUUUUUGAGCUUCUGAUAAACCAGUACAUCAAAACAUUAUAUUUUCGAAAUAAACAUGGAAUUUUCCCAGCAGAAAUCGACCUGUACCUUUCCAGUGGCGCCGAACUAUUUUUGUAAUGUGCUUCUAAAUUAGAGCAUGUACUUUAUCGAGUUUAUUGUCUCUGUGACUUCUUCCGUUUCUGUGAAACUGCUAAAACAAUCUGUCACUUCUGAGCUUUGAAAGAAAGCCAAAAACUAGUGCUUGUAUGUGUUUGAUCUGAAUAGCUCAAUCAAGGCGGAAAAAUCAAAAAAUAUGCAGUGAUUGAUGUUGAUAACGCAAUUUUGAGUUCAUUACGGCCAUUCAAAACCAUGAGGAAAGAAAAACGAAUCUUUUGAAUCUGUAGUUUUUUGCAAUUUGAAGUCGGGUUAAUGAGCCAGGAAUUCAGGAUGCGGCAAAUGCCACCGCCGCCGCCUCCUCAACCGUCCUCCACGCCCAUGGGUCCCGCUCCAAGUCCGCUCGAAUUUCGAGUACACGAAAUGAACCGUCGAUUAUACAUUUUCAGCAAUUCGGGGGUUUGUUCAUUACAAUAUUUCCGAAAAAUCUAGAGUUGAAAAAUAUUUGUUUUUCAAGUCAGAGUAUGAAGUCUUUUCAAAAUCUCAACCUCAUAAUUAUGCUCGUGAAUUUGGCUACGGAGAAGCGCAAAUAAAAAUUUGAGGAAUUUUUUUCAAACUUAAGAAGAAUUAAAAUCAUUGUAGAUAUGUGAAAAAGACUUCGCUCAAUGGUGGGACGCCUUUUCUCACGAGUUCUUCGACGACGACGCCAAGUUGUGGUUCCUCCUUUUUGAGAAUCCCGAUUCACCGGACAAAUACUGUAAGUCUUGAUUUAUCUUGAAUCUGCUGAAAACGGGCCAUAGUCUUGCAACGCGGUCGCGAAACGGUCGAAAAUUUGCCACUUUUCACUUUUCGAAAAAAAAUUUUCUUGAAAUUUUCACAGAGUGUGUAAAUAGGGGAGAGAGUCACCUAAAUGUGUUUUUUUAAGAAAAAAAUUAUAUGAUUUUUAAUUAUGAAAUGAGAUAAAAAAAGUUUGCUAUUGUGACGAUUGUGGGCCGGUUCGGCCAUCAACCUCGGCCCAACAGCUCUGAGUAAAAUUAUAGUCUAUGUACCUAGACUUGGAAUUUCACCAAACGACAUUCCGCUGUGCCGCUGCGCGCCUUUGCGAACAUUGUUCGCGCUUUUGAUUUUUUUUUCUUUUAUUCAAGUACUCUACUUUUCUGUGCUCCCACAGAAAUAUCAAUAAAUUGAGAGCGUGACCUAGAUUCAAAAGACGCUUCGCGAACGCACGCAGCGGAACAGCGGAAUGUCGUUCCGUGAAAUUUCAAGUCGUGGCACACAGACUAUAAGACUCUUCCGUUUUUUUGUGAAACUUUCUUAUAGCUUUGACUGGAUCUUCAAUAAAGAAGACAAAAAAAGAGAGAAAGACCGAGAUUGUUUCUACCAAUAAAGUGCAGGAUUUCGAGUUGAAAAAAGAGGAUGAAACGUGGGAAAACAGUAGAAAUGACUAGAAAUUAUUUUUCAAAUAUUUUUUAGCUGUCGGCCGACAACUGAUCCCCCGCUUCUUCCGGUCAAUUUUCGAGAGCGGAAUGAAAGAGUUGUGUUUUGUGCUCCGAGGUCCCACUCGGGAAACACCGAUGCCUAGCGGCUGCAUAUCGUUCGAGAAUGACAACGUGUUGCAAGUCACCAAACUCGACGCUCCGAUGCACACGGAGGUCUGUAUAGAUUUCAUAGUGAAUCGUUAGGAACAUUAAUUGUCGGAGAUCAAUUUCGAUUUCCCAGAAAACAGAAAACUCAUUCAACCUGAACAGAACUUUCACCUACAGAAAAAAAAUUCAUUCACCGAAUUUUCUAGCAUAACACCUCUCUCAAGUUUCUUGUUUAACUAGCUUUUUCACAAAUCUUUUUUCGAGAUUUCCAAGAAAACUUUUCAGGUCAACGUUGAGUGCAAAAUGUACAUCGAGUUCACGCCUUAUGACGAGGUUCUGAAUCACCGGAUUCGGUCAUGGACGUUGGAAAUGCGUGGUUGUGAAGAGUUCUUCUUCAAUGAAAUGACCAAGGUUUAAAAUUUUUUUUAGGGGAAUGUUAGGAAUUUUUCAUUUUAAAGAUUUUUCAAUUGAAAAAAACUUAUCAACUGUUUCUAAAAAAUUUAAAGUUAUAGUUCUCGGAAAAGCCCUAAAAUUUUAACUGUGUUCGAUCAGAAAUUCAUGGUCGAUUCACAAAAAAGAUUGAGCUUCAAAAUUUUUCCGACUAAUAGCCAGAUUUUCAAAUAGAAUCUUAAUAGGAUGAACUUUCACGGAGAAUGUAGAACUCAGCAAGUUCGAUUUUUUAAACUUUAUUGAUUUGAAAAGUGAGCUUCUGAAGCCCGAAAUAUUUGUUUUUCUCAAUUCUAGCCCCCAAAAUUAGCUCCAUUUAUUGCCGUUGAACGCAGCUACCGUAUCCAAUGUUUCAAGAGUCAAACAUUUUUUCCCAGAAUGUCCCGUUCAUUUUUCUCACUUCAAGCCUUACCACGUUUUUACGAUUAUGGAUAUCGGUCCCCAGGGCGGCUUUUCAUUCCAAAUGCCGCGUUUCUUCUGCCUUUUGCCUCGCGCACAAUGCGCGUUUUGAUUAUCAAUGCGGGACUAACGAACCGAGAAAAAUUUCGUUGAAUAGGAAAAUGAGCUACGUUGAGAGUACCAAGAGUUCCGAAGUUUUCAUAGGGGCUCAAGGAGGGAUUUUUUCAGUUGAGAAAGGUUGGAUUUAGUGGUUAAAACUUUCAAACUUUUGUGCAAACCUCACAUAUCAUUAAAAUGAUUUUUUUAAAAAAAUGUUUCAUCAUUUCGAACGCGGAUAAACUCUAAAAACAGUAAAUUCGCCUACGCCUUUCUGCUCUUGGCUGAGGUUUUGAAACAUUUUACUAAAACAGAGAAAUUUCUACAGUUGAAAAACACUCGAGCCUUCAUACAACACAUUUAUGUUUUUGGUCAUCUAAAAAUAUAUAGAAAGAUGACUUUUUAUCCCAAGUUUUCAUAAAGCUAACAAGACUUAACUGAGUCAUUAUUUUUUAAAAUUUGCUUUCCUUCAAAACUAUUGCUUAGAAGGUAAACCUAAAUUUACUAAUUUUGCAGGAAUUUGAAAGAAUCGACCCUUUGAUCGUCGAGCGGCGGAUAACACGAAUGGGGUUUCACAAGAACACAAUCGGCUGCCUCAAUUUAUGCAAGAUCCUCGAGCCGAUGCAAGUUAUCAUGAGCAACAGCAAGUCGACGGGGGUAAGACGCCGGUUUUCUUCUUCUUUUUGACGGCCGCAGAUUUCCCUCGAGUCCAUUUGGCCCCCGCCGCAUUAGGAUCGUAGCGUCACAAUCCAGAUAUUGAGCUUCGGCGGUUUUUUUUGAAGGAUUUUCAGCUGGACACGCCUUCUUGAUUUCAGUGUCUCGUUCAAAAAGCCCAGUUUUGACUAUUCGCUUCAGUUUUUGGCUUUCAUUUUUUCAAAAAGGUUUUCUUGAAUUUCUUUCUUUAUUUCAGCCUACCUAUGAUUCAUUAAUUCGGCUUAGCUUUUUAAAAAAAUGUCUUAGAGUUUUUCAAAAAAAUUGUUCUAAUUUCUAAUAAAAGUUUUUUUGACACCUUUUUCUUACGAAACUUAGAGCUCUGUUAAAAAAACAUUCUACUGUGAAUAUAAUAAAAAGUUGAGAAAAAAAUUAUAAAAAAAUGUCUCAGAAAAAAACACGAUCAAAGUUUUUUUGAAAGUCAAUUUAUUGAAAAAAAUUGGUAAAUUACUCGAUGAAAAAAAUUUUGAAAAUUGCUAAAAAAACUAGUUAAUGGAUAUGAGAAUUUUAUUAAAAAGCUCUUAACUUUUUUUAUAUUUUUUUCAUCAAAUGAACUGAACAAAGGCCGAAGAAAAAAAUCUGAACCCAACUCCAAUUUUUCUGUAUAAAUUCAUAAAUUUCAUCAAAAAAAUGGACUCGAGAAAAAGAGAAACGUCAAAAGAAACCUUUUUAUUUACUUGAGGCGUUUAGAACCUCAAUUUCCCGUUUCAGAACGACCCCCGAGAUACAAUGAAGCGAACAAUCUUCCAUCAUUACGCGUUUGAAAUGAAGCGUAGGGAAAUGGCAAUGAACCAAAUGAGUGAGUUUUCUGAGAACCAAGUUUAGAUUUGAUUGAGAUUGAGAAAAUAACAGUCUCCCACGCACCCAUUAAGAAUAUGGCUCGUGACAUAUAUCCUUUUUUUUCAUCCACUCCAUAAGUUGCCAAUCAUUUCUCGCAUUCUUACAUUCGUAUUCGUCUGAGCUUUAUGAAGUUUUUGCGUCAAUGUUCAAUUGUUCAGAUCAGCAAGCAAUGCUUCCACCGGUCGUCGAGGAAAAGCCAAAGCCGCAACGCAAGCGCACACGCAAAACGCCCGCAAACAACAACAAAAAUAAGAAAACCAACGCGAGUCCCGCUCCUACGAAUCCCGCAUUCCCGCCAAAUCCCAUGGCUCCUAAUGUAAGAUUUUUUUGAGUUUCAACAAACUAAAAAAAUAUUAGAAUGAAUUUUGGAAAUUGGAAAAAAACAAUUUUUUUCUCAAAUUUUUCAUAAUGAAAAAAAGCAUAAUAUGAUAUUUUAAAAACUUUGCCCAGAAAUCCUACCUUUCGCAAAAAAUUAGAAACAGUGAUCUCACUUUUUAUGUUAUUUUUUCAAGAUGAGGAAUCUUUGGGUUUCCUUUGUUAGAGCAAAAUUUCAGCCAAAGAAAACAGAUAAAGAAAUAAAAUUAAACAUCGAGCUCAUUUAUUCUAAUUUCAGUUCUCCCAAAUCGGCUACCAAGACGUGAUGGUAGUUGGAGAGCCGUCGAUGAUGGGCGGCGAGUUUGGAGAAGAAGAUGAAAGAACGAUUUCGAGGGUCGAAAACACUCAAUAUGAUCCGAAUGCAUUGCCGGUGGGUACAGGCUAUCUUAUUUUUAACAGAAAAUAGACUUCGUGAGAUGAAAAGAAAACUUCUUAGAAGCUACUGUAUAAGGUUGAUCGUUUCAAACUAUUGUUCCCAUUAUUUCACGGUGGUUUCAAGCUCAGAGACUUAAAAAAAAUCCCUGAAGUUUUUGUCAAACUGUCCAGUUUUCAGAUGCGGCCGAUGCAAAUGCAACCGAUGGUGCAGCAACAGAUGGGCGGUCUUGGUAUGGGAAUGGUUCCGCAAAUGGGCGGACCUCCCGGACCCAUGGGACCGGGUCCCGGAAUGCCGCCGCAAAUGCAAAAUAUGCAAAACGCCAUGCAGAAUACCAUGCAAAAUACCAUGCAAAAUACGAUGCCAAACACCAUGCCAAACAAUAUGCCGCCAGGUAAAGAUUUAAAUCAAAGUUGGGAUGAAUAAAAAAAUAAUUUGUCCAGAGAAAACCAAAAAAAGGACAGAAAACUCUUUAAAUAAUGGUUUUUUUGAUAGCUUUUACUUGAAAAAGUUCUAGCCGGAUUUUUCCCAAGAUUUUUUUCUCGAAUAUCCUGAAUUUUCUUUUUUUAGAAAGAAGUUUUUUUCUCACUCCUAAUCAAGCUAAUGAACUCAAAAAAUGAUCCAUUUUUUCUCACGGCUGUACGAUUCCAGGUUACGGAUUCCCACCGCAAGGAGCUCCCUGGCCAAGCCAACCUACAAAUACGACCAUGAUUACGGGAUGAAGGUAAUUAAUUACACCUUUAAAGUCAUUGAAUUACUCAAUUUUCAGCAAAAAUCGAAUUCUGCUAGUCUCGCUCUCCUAUCCCAGUGCUUCGCCGCUCUUCAAAAUCUUGCAACGAGAAUGAUUUUUAUUCUUCCUUGUGUCAUUCCAAUUUUGUUCUAA